UCUUUGCGAUCCCCUUCGGCCGCUGUACCGAGAAGCAGGUCUCUGCCAUGCCAGGUUACAGAGGAUAGGAGGGAAGGUGGAAAGGAGCCUGCGGGGCUCGAUCGCCCAGAGCCCUCCCAUUCCGGGAGCUGAAGCAGGAAGAGGGUGGGGCCUUUACUCACAUGGCCCAGGAGGUCACUCGUACUUCUGGGGUCUCCCAAAGCCAGGGCCUGUACACAGGAAAUGCAGCCCCAGCGCGAGGGGCCCAGAACUGGGAUGGAACCAGCCUGCCUGGGAUGCUGCCAUCGCAAACCCUAUUCACCGAUCAGAAACCCGAUAAAGAUGUUAUAUCAAAGAACAUUCUACUUCCACUUUAAGAACCUCCGCUAUGCCAACCUUCGAAAGAAUACCUUCUUGUGCUACGAAGUGAAUAGGAUGGAGUGCAAUGAACUUGUCCCCCUUUGCCAAGGGGUCUUUAGAAAAGAGAGCAUCAACCUCCAUGCUGAAGUGUGCUUCCUCUACUGGUUCCACACCCAAGUGCUGGGGGUGCUGCCCCCUGAUGAAAAGUACAAGAUCACCUGGUAUGUGUCCUGGAGCCCCUGCAAUGAAUGUGCAGAGAAAGUGGCCAGCUUCCUGGACACACACCGCAACCUGAGCCUGGCCAUCUUCAGCUCCCGCCUCUACUAUUUUUGGGAUCCGGACUACCAGGACAAGCUUCGCAGGCUGAAUCAGGCAGGAGCCCAGAUAGCUGCCAUGGACUUCCCAGAAUUCGAAAAGUGUUGGAACAAGUUUGUGGACAAUGAUGGCAAGUCAUUCAGGCCUUGGAAGAGACUUAAAAUAAAUUUUAGAUUCCAGGAUAACAAGCUUCGGGAUAUUCUCAGAAACCCAGUGAGUCUGCUGAGAGAAGACAUAUUCUCCUUGCAGUUUAACAAUAGGCACCGGGUCAAGCCAGUCCAGCAUCGAUACUACCAAAGGAAGACCUAUCUAUGCUACCUGCUGGAGCAGCACAAUGGCCAGCAGCCACUCAAAGGCUGCCUGCAAAACAAGAAAGGCAAACACGCAGAAAUCCUCUUCAUUGAUGAGAUGCGUUCGUUGGAACUCGGCCAAGUGCAAAUCACCUGCUACCUCACCUGGAGCCCCUGCCCGAACUGUGCCCAGGAACUGGCUGCAUUCAAAAGCGAUCACCCAGACCUGGUUCUGCGCAUCUACACCUCCCGUCUGUACUUCCACUGGAGAAGGAAGUACCAGGAGGGGCUGUGUUGUCUGUGGCGAUCAGGGAUCCAGGUGGACGUCAUGGACCUCCCGCAAUUUGCUGAUUGCUGGACAAAUUUUGUGAACUCCCAAAGUCCGUUCUGGCCGUGGAAUAAUCUGGAGAAAAACAGCAGGUGCAUACAAAGACGGCUCCAAAGGAUCAAGGAGUCCCGGGGUCUGCAAGAUUUGGUGAAUGGCCUUGGAAAUCUACAACUUGGACCCCCAUUGUCCUGAAUGGAAAGAAGAGAUUCAAGACAGUCUCUAGCAUGUCUUGGCUUCCACCCCAACGCCAGGUCUAGAAGACCUUGCUCUCCUAUUUCUUUCUUUUGUCGUUUCUUCUCUCUCUCUCUCUCUCUCUCUCUCUCUCUCUGUUGUUGUUUUGUUUUGUUUCUUGGGACAGGGUCUCACUGUGUAGCAUGCUUCUCUGGAACUUGCUACUAGACUGGUCUGGCCUGAGAUCACCAGCCUCUGCCUUCUGAGUGCUGGGAUUAAGGCAUGCACCACCAUUCUGGGCCUUGUGUCACCAUUCCAGAACUUUCCUUCCUUUCUUUUAUUCUCAUUUUAUAUAUAUUUUUUUUCCAUUGAUAGGUGCUUAGUUUUGUAAUUGAAAUUUUUAAGUUGGGCUGGGCAUGGUGGCUCAAGCCUCUCUGAGAGUUCGAGGCCGGCCUGAUCUAUAUAUUGAGCUCCAGGACUACACAGAGAAACCAUGUCUCGAAAAAUAAAUAAAUAAAAAGGAAGAAGAAAAAAAGAAAACAAUUAAAUUGGGCAUGAUGGGUCAUGUCUGUAAUCCAACAUUUGAGAGGUUGAGGCAAGAGGAUUGCCACAAGUUUGAGGCUACACAGCAGCGAGAUCUUGCCUUAAACAAAAAAACAAGAGAACAAACAGUUGGAUUCUUGUUUGUUUGUCUGUCUGUUUUGAGACAAGGUUUAAGCUUCCCGAAUGCUGGGAUCAAAGGUGUGUGCCACCACUGCCUGGCUAGAGCAAAUAGUUUUAAAAUUGAAAAUCCUGAGUUCCUCCCUAAGGAGGUGGACAACCAGGCCCCUCACCAAACAGAGUGAGAAAGGGGAGCUGAGAGAUGACUCACAGGCAAGCAAGCUGACUGUUCUUGAAGAUCCCAGUCCAGAUCCCGGUACCCACCUGCAGCAGCUAACUCAGCUCUAAUUCCAGCCCCAGAGUAUCUAAUGCCUUUUCCUGAACUCUGUGGGCAUAUAUAUAUAUAUAUAUAUAUAUAUAUAUAUAUAUAUAUGCAUAGAUACAUAGAUUAAAGGGGAAAGAACAAAAAGCUUGUGGGGAAGCCUCCCUGUAGACUCCUUGGGUGCUGACAGGAGCGCCUCAGCUGCAACCAUAACGAGCACCACCUGUGCCUAUUCACUAUGUUCCCUUUUAAAAGGGCCCUGCCCACCUCCCAUUCUCCCUUUUUUUCUUUUUCUCCCUCUCUGCCCCUUUCUUCUCCCUCUUGCUGCUCCUGUUCCCCCGGAGGCCGGUCUUCCCCUUGCCCUUCCUCGUUUUUAUGAUCCCUUUCCCUAAUAAAAAUCCCCUCUGCUUGAACCAUG